UCGGUGGCGGCACCUUCAACGGCAGCGCCAGCUGUGAUCUUGACAGCAACUUUAGUCAAAUGGUUGCCGGCGGCGGCAGCGAGGCGGGCAGCUCAUCCACGCACAGUCCCUGCCCGCUGCCCUUUGGGGCUGGCAUCGGCGGCAGUGGUGGUGCGGGUGGUGCAGCUGCAGCUGCUGGUGGUGGUCUAGGACUUGCUGUCAACUUUGGUGGCUUCAUCAAUAAGCGGCGCAUACGCAAAUUGUUUGGCGUUGGCGGCGCAUCCAAUGGCGAUGGCUUUGGGCCCUAUGGUGCAGCGCUGCGGCGGCGCAGCUCACACCUGGUGCAGUUUCACAAGAAGAAGCAACAGCUGGAGCAAUUGGAGCAGCAGCAGCGCAUCGCGACCGUUGCCUCGGCGAAUGCGGCCUUUUUGGAGCGCCGGGAGCAGCAACAGUUGCAACAACAGCAGCUGCAGCAGCAGUUGCAGCUGCAACAGCCGGCAAUGCUGCAGCUGCAACAGCAGCCGGAAAAGAAGAAGAAAAAGAAACCACCCGGACCGCCGGCCCAGGUGCGGCAACAGGCAUCACGCACCAUGGACGAUCCGCUGAUGAAUCGGCCGCGCAAGAGCACGCCGCAGGCCAACAAGAAGAAGGACAAGGAGCGCGACAAGGACAGGGACAGAGACAAGUACAAGGACUAUGGCUAUGAGAAGUCUUUGCCCAAAUUGAGCAGUCAAGACGAAGAAGGGGGGGCUGGUCAUGGCUUUGGUGGCGGACCACAACACUUUGAACCCAUUCCUCACGAUCAUGAUUUCUGCGAGAGAGUCGUUAUAAAUGUAAGCGGGUUAAGGUUUGAGACACAACUGCGUACGCUAAAUCAAUUCCCGGACACACUGCUUGGGGAUCCAGCUCGGAGAUUACGGUACUUUGACCCGCUUAGGAAUGAAUAUUUUUUUGACCGUAGUCGUCCGAGCUUCGAUGCGAUUUUAUACUAUUAUCAGAGUGGUGGCCGACUACGGAGACCGGUCAAUGUCCCUUUAGACGUAUUUAGUGAAGAAAUAAAAUUUUAUGAAUUAGGUGAUCAAGCAAUUAAUAAAUUCAGAGAGGAUGAAGGCUUUAUUAAAGAGGAAGAAAGACCAUUACCGGAUAAUGAGAAACAAAGAAAAGUCUGGCUGCUCUUUGAGUACCCAGAGAGCUCGCAAGCCGCCAGAGUUGUAGCCAUAAUUAGUGUAUUUGUUAUAUUGCUAUCAAUUGUUAUAUUUUGUCUAGAAACAUUACCCGAAUUUAAGCAUUACAAGGUGUUCAAUACAACAACAAAUGGCACAAAAAUCGAGGAAGACGAGGUGCCUGACAUCACAGAUCCCUUCUUCCUUAUAGAAACGUUAUGUAUUAUUUGGUUUACAUUUGAACUAACUGUCAGGUUCCUCGCAUGUCCGAACAAAUUAAAUUUCUGCAGGGAUGUCAUGAAUGUUAUCGACAUAAUCGCCAUCAUUCCGUACUUUAUAACACUAGCGACUGUCGUUGCCGAAGAGGAGGAUACGUUAAAUCUUCCAAAAGCGCCAGUCAGUCCACAGGACAAGUCAUCGAAUCAGGCUAUGUCCUUGGCAAUAUUACGAGUGAUACGAUUAGUUCGAGUAUUUCGAAUAUUUAAGUUAUCUAGGCAUUCGAAGGGUUUACAAAUAUUAGGACGAACUCUGAAAGCCUCAAUGCGGGAAUUAGGUUUACUUAUAUUUUUCUUAUUUAUAGGCGUUGUACUAUUCUCAUCGGCGGUUUAUUUCGCGGAGGCUGGCAGCGAGAGUUCCUUUUUCAAGUCCAUACCCGACGGAUUCUGGUGGGCUGUGGUGACCAUGACCACGGUGGGAUAUGGUGAUAUGAGACCCGUCGGCGUUUGGGGCAAAAUUGUGGGAUCAUUAUGUGCGAUUGCUGGUGUACUAACAAUCGCACUGCCCGUACCGGUUAUCGUCAGUAAUUUCAAUUACUUCUAUCACCGCGAAACGGAUCAGGAGGAGAUGCAGAGCCAAAACUUUAAUCAUGUUACUAGUUGUCCAUAUUUGCCAGGUACAUUAGGUCAACACUUGAAGAAAUCAUCGUUGUCCGAGUCCUCAUCGGAUAUGAUGGAUUUGGACGAUGGUGUUGAAUCGACGCCAGGGUUAACUGAAACACAUCCUGGACGCAGUGGAGCAGCUCCGUUUUUGGGAGCCACACAGAUGCAGCUGCAACCGCCGCCAGUGCAGCAGCAGCAGCAGCAGCAACAACUACAGCAGCAGCAGCAGCAGCAGCAGCAACUGCAACUGCAGCAGCAGAAUGGCUUCAAGCAGCUGCAGUCAACAGUAAGCGUCAGUGCGGCAACUGGCAGCGCUGGAAGCAGUCUCACAAUGAGGCACAACAAUGCGCUGGCUGUUAGCAUCGAGACCGACGUUUGACUACUGGGUAAGUGUGCGCCUUUACUCUCUCUACCCCGCCCCUCUCCACCUCUCUCUCUCUUUGUAUCUCUGUCGCCCUCUCUCUGUGUCAUACCCCCUAACAGCCCUUUCGCAUUCAUAAACACUUUCCCUGAUUUCCCAUUCCAGCUCAUAUGUAAAGCAUUUCGUAUGCUAAGCAAAACGCAAAAUCUUCAGCUAAAGCUAUUUUUCUUCAUUUCUCUCUCUCUCUCUCUUUCGCUCCUUUUCUAUCUCCAACUCUCUGUCUCUCUCUGUCUUGAGCACAAGUCUUGACUCCCAAUUUCUAAUGCACAAGCACCAAAACUUCAGUAAAGUUUACUCGUAAAGUCACAAUGAUAUCAGCUGAAAAUGCCUUCCUAAAAAAGUGUUGAGCAGCGGUGAAAAGUGCGUUUUUAAGCCAUUUGCCAAAACUUCUUACAGGCAAACAUUUUUCAACACUGUUCGAGCAUAUUUUGCCUGCUUCACUUUCAGCUAAUGUCAUUGUCAGCAUAAUAUUAAGCUCAAUAUUGCUAAUA